AUGUCAUUGAACGAGGCCUGCGACGAGCUCCUAGAAACAGGAAUCCUCGACCACGAGCAUGGAAUCCCGAGACUAUGGUAUAAGCUGGCGGAAGAGCUUCUGGAUCCACAGGGGCCUCAGUCAAAGUACUACAACCUCAAUAAGGGUCUCUUGGAGAACCUAGAUGGCAUUGUGUACCAGGAUAAGCUCAAACAGCUUCGGGAGUUGCCUAAGGAUGAAAUUGACGCGUUGUACGAGACAAUGGCUCUGCUGGAGCCUUUGCUGCUGUUUAAGAACCAGGAAGAGAUCCUGGCUUUCUUGGAGAAGCAUACCAAAACAUUCAAGACCCAGGCGCUUAUGGGCGACUAUAUUCCUUCGGCGUUGCCUAUAGUGCGUGCUAUUCAUCAUGGGAACGCCAGUUUGGCUGACCUGGAGAUUUCCAUAUUGAACAAUCUCAAGAGACUCUAUUCUCAUUAUAAUGACCAUCCUGCCAAUAUCAAACGGCUUAUCAAGGCAUACAGGGAAGAUUCGACAUUGACAAAGAAAGUGGCUUCGGUUUCGGCGGAAGUGAAUAGCUACAUUUCGACGGUUUUGCUCCCGAAGCUUCAAAGGCUUGAGAAACUUAAUGAUGAGCUCGUGGUGCUCCAGAACACUUAUAAGAAUCAGGUGGAAGCUAGAUCGAGUGCUGCUGAAAAGGCGCCUCUAGAAACAAAGAAACUACGGGCUGAAGUGCUUCAGCUUUCUAAGCGUCUCACAACUACAGCAGUUCUCUGUGACUUCCUACCGAACCUUAUAUUGUGCCAGGCAUCGAACUGGCAUUCAGACAGCCUGCUUCGAACGAUCAUGGAGGAUUGUCAAGACGUAGCAGAAGCCAUUGAAGGGUACAUAUCAUCGCUUCACUACAAGAAUGCUCGAACAUUGAAGGUGGACGAUAUUCUACAAAUCGAUUUCGAACCGCUAACGAUCGUCUAA